GUCAGCUUUCAUCGUGCACGCGCAAUCGUCAUCUUUUCUGUCCUCGUAUUUUGAUAAUGUAAAACGUCGUCUCAAACGCACUAUCGAUGACUACAAAGUCGAGUCUCACGAUCCCGACGGCGCAGCUAAGCUGCGAGCAAUGCCAGCAACGCAAGACCAAGUGCAGCAAGACCGUUCCCUGCGCCGCAUGCGUCAAAGCAGGCAUUUCGUGCACCGCGGUUCAACGGCAUCGGCUGCCUCGGGGUCGGAGUCGAGCACAGCGGCGAGGCACUUCCACUGUCCACGCCCUGACGGAUCGCAUUGCUCGUCUGGAGGCCGUUGUUGCACAAUAUCAACAGAAUGGCUCUUCAGAUCAUGACGCUUCCAACCAACCACAAUCCCAUCCUGAACGGCAGGUAGGUUCAGCGAUCAAGCCAAUCGAAUCUUUUAUUGCUUCGGAUUUCUGGGUAGAACUUUCGGAUGCUGUGGCUGGUCUGCGACAUGUUUUGGAAGAUGAUGUGGAUGGAGAGCUGGGCGGUGAGGGUGAUUCAACGCCGGCCAGUGCCACUAUCUCCCCUGACGCAAGCAGUCUUCUCCUCGGUACGGGUCCACAUAUCGCAAGGCUGAACGAAGGCCCUGGCCCCGAAACUCGCGACUGGUUGAUGGCUGUGUACAAGGAGCGUGUCGAUGUCAUCUUUAAACCCCUGCACUGGCCCACCGUACUCCUUCAGAUCCUGUCGGUGAAGGGACAGCGGUCUCUGGAAAUCGAGGCCUUGGAAUCAGCCAUAUUGUUCACCGCUGCGUGCUCUCUCUUCAAGCAUGAAUUGCGAGGCACAGAUGUCUCAGUGGAGUAUCUUCUUCAGCGAGUGGAAGCGGCCCUCGUUGAAGUGGGAUUGCUUACGACAACGAGCAUAUUGGUUCUGCAGGCAUUCGUCAUUUACCUUGCUGGGCUCCGAGUCAUCCGAGCCAAGGCUCAACAAUGGACGCUGACCGCUGUUGCCAUCCGUCUCGCUAAUGCGCAAGGCAUACCGCAUCGUCUCAAACCUGCAUUCGACGGCGAGAUCCAGAGGCGACUUUGGUUCUGCAUCGGCGUCUUGGACCUACAGUGUUCCUUCGAUCGUGGAUCUCAGCCUCUACUCAGGUCAGACGACUUUCCCUCGUGGCCUCUCAACAUCAACGAUCAUGAAUUGUCCCCUGAGCAUGCUCCCUCACCGAGCCGACCAUUGGACGCUCAGUACACGGAAAUGUCACUCAGCUCGAUCAUCUACCGUGCAGGGAUCUGUCAGCGCCGUCUAACGGAGAUUGGCUUAUCAGCGGCUUCAUCGAACGUCACUGUCGAUCCAAUCAUUGUCCAUCGGCAACAGCACAGCGUCCUCUCCGAAUUUGAGCACUCUGUACUGCAACUUUCGUCAUUGCUUGAUCACUCUGGCUCUUCGAUACAAAAGUUCACGCUCGCUGUCGCAAACGAAAGCCUUGUGGCUAUGCGUCUGUUGAUUCGUCGGCCACUCUACCGAAGUGGCAAUGGCUCCAAUCCUCAUGGCGCGAAUGUUGACGGCGACUUUGACUUGCUGAGCACAGCUACGAGCGUCCUUGAGAGCAGCCAGAUGAAGCGAACGCAGAUCGAAUUCGCACCCUGGGCGUGGUUUUCAUGGGUCAAGUGGUAUGCUCUCGCCAUCGUACUUGCUGAACUCUGCACCGCCCGAGGUCCGGAGGCAGAUCGCGCUUGGGAAGUUGCGCAAAAGUCUUUCGAUGAUUACGCCGAAGCCGCUGCUAUGGAAACCAAUCGCAAGGUUAAUGCUCAAGGCGAAAACCAUACGAGAGAAGCGUGGAGCAACGGCAUCUAGACAACCAGCGUUCCUGUCAACCGUCCCCGAUCAGACCUUCAGCAUUCCUUCAUUCACGGAUAGCAUCGCUUCCAAUCAGGACGUAGCAGAUGAGCUCCAAAACACUGACUGGC